AUGUGGAGCAGCCUGAAGCUCAAUGGGACCAUUUUGAUUGCAUUGCCAGCAGGGUUAGCUGCCACCCGCUGUCCCCCCAAGACCUCCAGGGUGUCCCUGGGCACCCCAGCAACAACUGGGCAGCCUCACUGGGAGGAUGAGCACAUGUGGGUGCUUGUUGCCAUCUCAGCUGUCACCUUGGUCCUACACACCCUUCUCUUGCUGGCACUUUACAUCAUGCUCACCGGUUCCCGCAGCCGGGGGGAGAGCGGCAGCCCCGCAGCGCAGCCCCCGCAGCCCCCGCAGAGCCCCGCGGCGAGAAGAGCGACCUACGCGGGGAGCAGUGACACGUCUUCAUCAACCUCGGAGGACUCGGAGGGCAGCCCUGCCUGCCCACAGGUAUGGCCAGAAAGCAGAAAACCUUGCUCAGAAGCAAACCUGAACUACACAUCCCUGGUGUUCCCGGGGCCGGGCCGGGGUCCAGGCUCUGCUGCAGACUAUGAGAACAUGAAGACUGGGGCAGACUACAUCAACGUGGACCCCAAGAAGAGGAAAGCAGAUUUCUGGCCCUGCCCCAGCCCCGUGGCCUCCAUCGAGUACAGCGAGGUGAAGCUGUGA